AUGCACUACCUACGCAACAGCUUUGCCGUCGUGUGGCUUCCCGAUGGCCGUGUCUUUGCUAUCGGCGGAUUCUACGGAACUUGUAGAGCGCGAAACAACAUGACGGCGUCUGUUGAGGUAUAUGAUCGAGCCUGGGAACCAGCUUCUGACCCAACUCGCCCUUACAGCAAAUGGAGACAGGUUACGCCAAUGACGAUUCCCCGGGGCUGCCAUGCUGCCAUCUGUGUGGAGAAUAGGAUCAUCGUAGCUGGAGGAGCAUUCGGGGAACCGGAAUCUAAGACGGGCCUAGAUGCGGUGGAACUGUACGAACCUCCCUCUGAAGCCUGUCCGAUGGGUCAGUGGACUAAGAUCGCGGCUAUGAAGGAAAAGAUUGCGCUUCGUUCCGCAGUCUUCCUCGCGGGUGCCAUCUAUGCCUUCGGUAAGCUCUGGAGAUGUCCGUAUUACUACACGUUUUAUUCCCAAAAUGUGGUGAUAGAAGACGACAGCCGGGUGAUUUAG